AACCAAUCACAAUGAGCUGUCGUGUCGAAGUGGAGCUACGGAAAGCCUCUAGGUCCUGAAAGGCUGCGUCUCAUCAUUGUUGUCUGCAGCCAACGACUAAAUCAACAUAACUGUUCACGGAGUCAAGUGAAGAUACAGAUUAUUUUUCAGCAAAAUGAGGAUUGGUAGGUGUGGUGUGCAGUGGGGGGGUCUGCUGGUCCUCCUGUCCUGCUGUCUGCUGUGUGUCCUCUCUCAGGUGGAUCAACACCAGGAGCCAGUUGUGGCGAGUGCAGCUCAGUUAACCGGUCACGGUCGCCUGGACAGAAACAUGAUCCAGGACAAAGAUCACAUCAUGGAGCAUCUAGAGGGAGUGAUCGAACAGCCAGAGAAAGACAUGACACCCCAGGAGCUCCAGCUGCACUAUUUCAAGAUGCACGACUACGAUGGCAACAACCUGCUGGAUGGGCUGGAGCUCGCCACAGCCAUCACACAUGUACACAAAGAGGAGAGAGGAGAGAACAGCCAGCCGAUGAAAGAGGAGGACCUUAUCACUCUCAUCGACGACGUCCUGAAGGACGAUGACAAAAACAACGACGGUUACAUAGAUUAUGCAGAGUUUGCCAAAUCGCUGGAGUAACAUGUCGCCUGAGCGCUGACAUCCUCUGUGUUCACAACAACAACAACUACAACAAAUCUGCAGAUGAGUAGGCGAUGAGGAGGCGAACUGAAAAGCUGCCGCCAAGCGAUCUAGAAAACCAUUGUUUAAUUUUUGCUUUCCCUCUCACAGGCGAUCAAUCAGGGUUAUAGGUCAUAUUUUUCUGAGCUUGUGAUACUUUUUUUUUUUUUGUCAUUAGAUGUCCAAGCUGUGAGCAGAAAAACUGGUUAUGCCAGUAAUUUACUAUGUAACAAAAAAGGGAGGAAAACAAUAUUGUGGUUUUUUUCGGUUUUUUUCUUAGUUUGACUGUGAUGUUUGCUAGCACUUGCAAUGACAUUAUGAACCUUCUGUUUCGGUAGGUUCCUUGAAAUCAUGCCUUUUUUAAAAAAAAAUUUUUAAAGGGUCAGUUCGCCCAAUAUCACUGUCGUCAAAACACAGUCGUCUACUUAACCCCUCAAGGUUUCUAACCAUGGAUAUAUACUUUUCAUUCUGUUUGGUGAGCUUUUAGAGAUCCCUGCGGCGAUUUAGACCAAAAGGCCUAUACGAUAAAAACCCAACACUUUCUUUGGGAACCACUACUACUCUGUGACGUGGUAGCAGAGGUUUUUUUUGGCGGGUAUUGCGAAACCGCCACAAAUGAAAAACAAAACAUUCUGCAUGGUCCUUCAAACGUACAGGAGCUCUAUAGUGUGUAUUAAUUCACACUGGUAGCCCGAUAGCAUCUAACCAGAAUGCCACUAUCCCUUUUUAAAUGGUCAACAGUUUCCAUUUGAAACUGGUGCAGCCUUCACACACUGGACUUAUUUACACCAGCUGACACACUAAUACUCAACUUAAUGGACCAAACGAUUCCCUCUGUGAAUCCAUUUCAUUUGCUGUUUGUGAUGUAGGAGGAGGCGAACUAAUCUUUCUCGACAUUUUUGGAAAAGUGGCCUUGACUUGCUCAGACGCACAGUAGCCUGUAGGUUUGUGUGUAUGUGUGUGUGUGUGUAUAGAGGGGUAAAAAAAAACAAAGUUUAUUUUUGAAGUUGGAGGCAAAUCAACACACCAUUGAAUGUCGCCAGCAGAGACUCCGUGUUUCUGAAGAUUACCACAACUAUUCGAGCCAAUCACCAUCGUUGUCGCUGUUGUCUGUGAGCCAGCUGACCCUUGACAUGAAUGUGAUGUCAUAGAGUGAAUGUAAAGCAGCGCUGUGCCGCCGACUCUUGAUCACUGGAUAAGCUUGACUUAAAGCACACUGGUUGACGCUGCUGCCACUGCAGUUGUUUAAUAAGCUGACGUAGCUUCAUGUUACCGACCACUCGUUAUGACCUCGACACAUGUUUGCUUCAAAUCAUUAGCUGCCUUUAAAACAGAUAAAACGUGUCUGGUCUCUUCUGUGUUUGUUGAAUCCACCUGUGUAUAAUGGAUUGAUGGAUUCCAUAUUUUUGCCAUCCAGUAUUGAUUCUUUAAUCAGUUCAGGUUGAUGAUUAUAUAAAAAAAAAAAAAUUGAAAGCAUAACAGAUGCAACUGAGUUGUUUCUUGAAUGUGAAAUAUUAAAAACUGU